UUUGACAAUAGAUUGGUGUUUUUAUAAUAUCACAAAUGUCAUCGUUUUCUUGUCGAGCACGGUGUAUUUUCGAUUUUCGAGUGGAACUUGUGAAUUUUUAAAUAAAAUAUUUACAUAUAACUAAAACAAUAUGAAUGAUGAAUAUGAAACUAUUAAACUCAAUUAUACAAUACAUAAAUAUUCGAGUUAUUCUGCCAACUAUUUACCAGAAAACAUUCUAAAAAAUAACCCAUCAGAUCAAUUGUGUAGAUGGUUUACAGAUAGCUCGACCCCCUCUCAAUACAUUAUGCUUAAAUUACAAACACCAAGUAUAGUGGAAACAAUUAAAUUUGGCAAAUAUAUUAAGGCUCAUGUUAGCGAUCUCAAGAAAUUUCAAAUAUUAGGUGGCUUGGAGGAAAAUAAUCUAUACCUACUGUUAACAGGGGGUCUGAAAAAUGACAGUCUUGAUGAGAUAUUUAGAUUAAGACACCGGACGACAGAGGGGCUUUACUUGCCAGUGAGAUACAUUAAAAUUGUACCGCUACAGUCAUGGGGCCCAGCUUACAACUAUACCAUAUGGUAUGUUGAGCUACAAGGAAAAAACCAUGAGACAUUAAUCAACUCAGCAAUGGACACCAUUGAUUUAAGAAAAGAAGAAGAAGCAGUUCGAAUACUAUUAAAACACUUGCGUCGGCGACGUUACAAGGACGCAUUUGAAGCGCUCUCACGAGAAAGUGGAGUGCAGUUAGAGGGCCCUGUCCAGGCGCGGCUGUGGAAUGCGCUUGUUGAAAAUGGGGACUAUAAACUGGCUGAGAAGAUAUUAGAUGAGGCUGCAGAUGCCGGCGAGCUGGACUGGUACAUGUCGUGGCAGCCGUACACGCCGGAGUGGCGCCAGCUGUGCGGCUGCUCGCCGGCCGUGGAGGAGCGCCUCGGUGACGCGCCGCCCGUCCCCGAGCCCGCCGCAACCGACCGCCAGACCAAGCCGGACGCGCAAGAGGUGAAUGGAACUGAAGGGGUGGAGCCCAAGGAGUUGUCGUGCUCAGAACGUCCCGGGCCGCGCGGUGGGCACCAGCUUGUUGUCGACCCCAACACCGGUACAUUAUAUUUAUUCGGAGGAUGGAAUGGCACAGAAGACUUAGAUGACCUGUGGAGUUUUGACACGACGGCUGAAAAAUGGACCCUACUGUGCAGGCACAGUGGUAUGGUCAACGGACCUUCGCCGCGUUCCUGCCACAAAAUGGUUUUCGAUCCAUUGCACGAGCGGUUAUACACGCUGGGACGCUAUUUGGAUAACGCACAGAGAGUGCCCAGUUAUAUGAAUAGCGACCUGUACAUGUACGACGUGUCGCUGGGCUCGUGGUCGCUGGUGAGCGGCGACACGGCGGCGGCGGGCGGGCCGCGCCUCGUGUUCGACCACCAGAUGUGCAUCGACCCCGACACGCAGACCAUCUACGUGUUCGGCGGCCGCGUGCUGCCCGCCAACACCGAGGAGCUGGCGAGCCCGCAGUACUCGGGGCUGUACGCGUACUACAUCGCCAGCAACACGUGGCAGCUGCUGCUGGCCGACAAGCACGAGCUGCCCGCGCCGCAGCCGCGGGUCUCGCACUCCAUGCUCUUUCACCCGGUGCAGCGGCGGCUGUACAUGUUCGCGGGGCAGCGCAACAAGGAGCAGCUGGUAGACCUGUGGUGGUGGCAGUGCGACGGCGGCGGCGCGCAGGCGCUGUGCAGCGCCCCCGCGCGCACCCCGCCCCCGCAGGGGUUCACGCAGCGCGCCACGCUCGACCCCGAUGCCGACGAGAUCCACGUGCUCUCGGGCAUGAGCAAGGAGAAGGACAAGCGCGUGUACAACACGCUGUGGGUGUUCUCGCUGCGGCGGCUCACGUGGACGUGCGUGUACCGCAACGAGAGCGUGGCGCCCAGCGAGCCGCGGCCGCGGUUCGCGCACCAGCUUGUGUACGACCCCGUGCGGAAGAUCCACUACCUGUUCGGAGGCAACCCGGGCACUGCGGGCUGUCCGCGCCUGCGACUGGACGACCUGUGGUCGCUGCGACUGCGGCGCCCCAGCGCAGCGCGCGUGCGGGCGGCCAUGCGGGCCGCGCUGCGCGAGGCGCGCUACCGGGAGCUGGCCGCCUCGCCGCGCGCCGCCGCCGCCGCGCUGCACUACCUGCGCACCGAGCUCAGCGCCGCCACCGACCACUCCGACCCCGACCAGGUGGCCCAUUUCCACAAGCUCGCGACGGUUCUGUUCUCGGGCUCGGAGGCGCCGGAGAGCCGCGUGGUGUCGCUGAACGCGCGGCGCGAGCGCACACUGAUGCGGCGCCGCGCCGCCGUGCUCCGCGAGGCGCACGGCGGGGACAUGGCGCAGGCGCUCGCCGCCGUGCUGGGCGCGGAGGAGGCGCCGCCGGAGCCGCAGCCCUUCGAGGAGGCGCAGGCGCCGGCGCCCGACACGUGGGACGCGGCCGAGCACGAGGACGACGAGCCGGGCGCCGCGGCGCGCCUGCGCGGGCCGCGCGCGCGCCUGUUCGACCGCCUGUGCGCGCACUUCCGGCCCUCCGUCGCGCACCCGCGCGCCGACCUCGCCGACCUCGUCGACCUGUGAGCGCCGUGCGGACUGACCCGUGACAUUCUGCUGCCGGCCGCUGGCCCUUCUCCUCGGAAGAGAAGGAGGCCUGUGGCGGAACUUACUCCGUCAUUCAUUUUUUUACUGUUUAUCUCGAGUUAACACAUUGAUCGCUGUAAAGAACGUCAUUUUUGUUUAUGUAGUAUUUAACUGUAAGUAAUGUUUAAGCAUAUACGAAAUAUUCUGAAGAAUAUUUUUCACCUAAGUUGUUUAUUUAAUAAGCUCUCUAAAAAGUUGAAUCAACGACAUUAUCAUGUCUAUUUAUCUUCGAUAUGAGACCAGCAAAUCUCUGUUGCGGCUAAACGUCGCCGCAUUAACACCUCUCUAUGAUAAAAAUGUCGUCGUCAAAAAAUGUAUGAUUAAGUAUUAAGUAUUUAAAAUAAAUUUGUAAAAUUAAAUGGUUUUAAAAUUGUUUUAUUAUUAAAAACAAUUAUAUAAAAAAUAAUAAAUUCGUUGACUUACUGGUAAUUUAAAACGUUCGUUAUGUAUUGCCGUCACCAAAAUGGCAGCCGCGCGCAUAGCAAUUUCUUGAACUAAUUUUUUAAUAAUUAACUACGCAUAUUGUGAUUAGACAGUAUUUCACUCGUGAAGAUACACCUUAUACAAUUAGAAUGCAUACCUAACUGUAGUAUUUUUAAUACGUAACAUAUUUAAUAAUUAUUAAAUCAUUUACAAUUUUUGUAAAAUUUUAAAAAUAGUUUUAUAAUUUGAUCACAAGGUAUGUAAUUUUUAUUAGGUUUAAACUUUGUAUAUUCAAUACAUAAUAGUUCAUAUUGAUAAUCUUAUAUAAAUAAACUGACGGUGACAGUUGCUGUUAUAGAUUCCAUAAAUAUAUUUUACUAAUAUUUGAAAUAACUUUUACUUGUAAUUAAUAUUGAAUUAUAUAAUAUUUAUUCAUUAUAUAAUUAGGUCAGUAAAUUGUGAACACAAGUCUGCAUUUAAAUUUGACAAUAUUAUGUUAAUGUAAUUUUGUAGAUAUUGUUUAAAUUUUUUCUAUUUAUAAUCCUUCAAAAAAUUAUUAAUUACUAAUAAUUUCAUUUUUAUUUUGUGUCAUAUAUUCAUAUGCAAAAAGUCAUUUGUUAAGUAAAAAUAACGUAGUUUAUUUUGUAAAUAAAAUAAUAUAACAUCUAAUUUAAUUAUUUACCGACUGUGAUAGAGCAUAGUCAACAAGAGCUAAGAAAGUAGAAAUUGUAUGUGUAAUGAAGCGAUGCUGUGUAUUUAAACUUUUGAUGAUUAAAUGUUAUUUACAAUUUAAA